CGCGGGCGGAGCGGGGCGGCACUGCGGCCGCGGCCAUGCCGCUGUGGCUGCGGGAGCACAGCUGGCGCCAGACCCUCAGCGCCGUGUACCUCUCGCUGCCCUUGCGCGGCGCCCGGGCCACCCCCGGCAGCAUCUUCUGCAGCGAGCGGUACCUGAAGGUAAGCAUCCCUCCCUUUUUGUUUGAAGCUGUUUUAUACGCUCCUAUCGAUGACACCAAUAGCACAGCAAAGAUUGGAAAUGGAAACAUUUUCUUCACUUUAUAUAAAAAAGAACCGGCCAUGUGGGAUUCCCUAACUCUAGCAAACAUUGACAAGGAGCAACUACAAUAUCUGAGAGAGAAUGCUGUCCUAAAAGCCCAAGAAAAGGCAAAAGAGGAGACAAAAGCAAGGAAAAUUACAAAACAGGAGCACAAAAAAUAUGCUUUGGAGGCCACAAUGAAGCUAGAGGAAGCAGAAAGAAAAAGAAUUGAAGAUCUGAAAGAAAAGGAGCGGCAGAAGGUUGCUAAAGAGUUGGAGUUAUGGAAAAACCAACAAAAAGAUGGUGAUACAUACAAGAGCAUACAAAAAAAGGAAGAAUCAUAUCAAGAAAUAAAACCAUUAAAAGAGAGAAAAAAUGAAAAAAUGAACAAAACUCAGAUUCCUAAAGAAGGAACUUCUAAGACAAGACUCAAAUCCACAAAAGGUUCCUGCAGUAUAUUUUCAGAGAAUUUAAAGGAAGAACAGUUACCAGCUCCCCGAGCUGCUGCUACAAUUAAAGUCAACUUCACUCCACGAGUUUUCCCCACAGCUCUGCGAGAAUCUCGUGUUGCAGAAGAGGAGGAGUGGCUACAUAAACAAGCAGAAGCUCGAAGGAUAAUAAAUUCUGAUUUAUCUGAGCUGGAAGAUUUAAAAGAAGAGGAGAAGAAUCCAGAUUGGUUAAAGGACAAAGGAAAUAAAAUGUUUGCCAUGGGAGACUACCUUGGGGCAGUAAAUGCGUAUAACCUUGCGGUGAGGCUGAACAGUUCACUUCCCCUGCUGUACCUGAACCGUGCUGCUUGCCACCUCAAACUGCGAAAUUUACACAAAGCUAUUGAGGAUUCCUCCAAGGCACUGGAACUGUUGACACCACCUGUUCCUGAUAAUGAGAACGCUCGAGUGAAAGCCCAUGUGAGACGUGGAACAGCAUUUUGUCAGCUGGAAUUAUACACUGAAGGUCUUCAGGAUUAUGAAGCAGCUCUCAAGAUCGAUCCUAGAAAUAAAAAUAUAGAAAAAGAUGCUGAGAAGAUUCGACAUCUAAUUCAAGGAACAAUGCAAAGUUCUUAAUUUAAAAAAAUAUAUAGAAAAAGAAACUCUUUGGUGCCUUUGAGGAUAUCAGAAGGAAUCUUAUUUCUCUUCAGUGUGUGUUACCUAGACAUUUUUCUACUUUACUGGGAACACUUAAAAAAUUGGUAAAAGACUGGAUAUAUUAUUAGAAAGUAUAGUAUUAUAAACAUGAUUAGAUAUAUUUUAAAUAUGUCAUAUUGUCAAAGUUGUCAUAAUUUGCUUUUUGUUAGCGUUCUGUAUCACUCUGACAAUCUGAAACCCUGGACUUGAAUCAGUUCCUUUUUGUUAAGUCUUCUUUCCCAACUGGGACCAUUUCAAUUACAUUUCUUUCAGCAGCAGUUUUAGCAAACUUCUGAAUUUUUUGCAUCAGUCUCUUUCCUGAAUACCAUUUAUGACUGAUUGCUGUCUUUAUAAUAAAGUAUUUAUCAGGCAGA